AGGUGCCUUUUGGCAAUCUCCAAGCGGGCUGUCAUGUGCCUUUUACUGAUAAGUGGUUCCGGCUGGUCAAUCUACCAUAAAAGGCCUGAUUGAUGUAGUUCUGCAGAGAUGGUUGUCCAUCUGGAAGGUUCUCCCAUCUCCACGAAGGAACUCUGGAUCUCUGUCAGUGACCAUCGGGUCACCUAGGCUCUCCCUGACCAAGGCCCUUCUCCCCUGAUUGCUCAGUUUGGCCAGGCGACCAGCUCUAGGAAGAGUCUUGGUGGUUCCAAACUUCUUCAAUUUAAGAAUGAUGGAGGCCACUGUGUUCUUGGGGACCUUCAAUGCUGCAGACAUUUUUGGUACCCUUCCCCAGAUCUGUGCCUUGACACAAUCCUGUCUCGGAGCUCUACGGACAAUUCCUUCCAACUCAUGACUUGGUUUUUGCUCUGACAUGCACUGUCAACUGUGGGACCUUAUAUAGAGCGGUGUGUGCCUUUCCAAAUCAUGUCCAAUCAAUUGAAUUUACCACAGGUGGACUCCCAAGUUGUAGACACAUCUGAAGGAUGAUCAAUGGAAACAGGAUUCACCUAAGCCCAGUUUCCAGUCUCAUAGAAAAUUUUCUGAAUACUUACGUGAAUAAGGUAUUUAAGUUUUGUAUUUGUAGUAAAUUUGCCAAAAUUAAUAGAAACCUGUUUUCGCUUUGUCAUUGUGGGGUAUUGUGUGUAAAAUGUGUUUUAUCAAUUUCAGAGUAAGUCUUUAACGUAACAAAAUGUGGAAAAAGGGAAGCGGUCUGAAUACUUUCCGAAUGCACUGUAUAUUGAAUUUUCCUAUAAUGGCACUAUUAAUCUUGAUUUUACGUGCUCAUUAGUGCAUUAACCAUGAGGUUAUGCCAUCUUAUUAACAUCCCUACUGUCAACAUUCCUACACACUAGCUAACUGACAUGCCGUCCCGUCAUGUCUUUUGAGGUUGUGAAGUAGUGUGAAGUCCAAACUGAGCACUGACAUCACCCAAAACAGUCAUCCUAUUUCCCAUGUCAAUUAGCCUUUCUGUCACCAAAACAUAGACCAUACUAUUUUUUUCCAGAUUAAAAUCGUCAGACUUGUCAUACAUCUAUUAACCAUUAUAUUGCUGUGUUUGAUCUCAUCAUGGUUCCACAAAUAUUUGUUUUUCUGACCGUUUGUACAUUAUUUGUGCUUUUUAGUGGUGUGUGUAUGGAGAAACUCUGAGGAGGGGGAGUGUCUCUCAGUCACGCAGGGAUAAAUAGAGAGGCAGAGCUCACAAUCUGUCAGAAGGGUGAUCAAACAGGAGCAGGACCUCAGCAUUUUUAACCCUUUCUUUCAAAUGGAGGAACACAAAGAUGUUCAACACUGUUUUCAUAACUCUUCUUGCAGGAAGGCUUCGCUAUCAACAUCUAUUUACAUAACACUGUACAUUUUGUUCUCAUUAAUUUCAGCGGUUACAGUAUUUUUGAACGUACUGGUGAUCAUCUCGAUCUAUCACUUCAAGCAGCUCCACACUCCAACCAACCUGCUCAUCCUCUCUCUGGCUGUGACAGAUUUCCUGGUGGGACUGAUUGUGAUACCAGUAGUGACUGUGGCAGUAAUGGAAUCAUGCUGGGUUUUUGGGAAAUAUUUCUGUGUGUUUUUUCUCUUCGUCGGUUACUUAAUUAUUUCUUUGUCUCUGGGCAAUUUGGUUUUGAUAUCUAUUGACCGUUAUGUAGCUGUGUGUUAUCCCUUGUUGUACCACUCAAAAAUAACAAUACCAAGAAUUAUCUGUUGGAUAUUGAUUACCUGGUGUUGGUGUAGCAUAUACAAUGCUGCUAUUUCAAAUAACUCUGUAACUGUACAGGUACCCAAAAUGUGUUUUGAAGAAUGUUUUAUUUUUGAAGGAUUUAACUGGAGUAAAACCAUUGACUUUGUAAUUAUAAUGGUUGUUCCAUGCUAUAUUAUUAUAACACUUUAUUUCAAAAUAUUUGUGGCCGCCAGAUCACAGGCCAGAAAGAUAUUUUCAAAAGAGGCUGCCACCAAGUCUGGUGUUAAAAUUGUACAGGCAAAUACAUCUGAGAGAAAAGCAGCAAAAACUCUAUCUAUUGUAGUUUUCACCUAUCUCACUUGUUGGAUUUCUAUUUUUUUUCUAAAUUUUUUUUUUCUACAAUCAUUAACUUACUUAGUCUUGCUACCAUUUCUUAAUUCCUUAAUUAAUCCAAUAAUUUAUGCUUUCUUUUAUCCAUGGUUCAAAGCGAUAGCUAAACAUAGUUUAACUCUAAUGUUAAGGCGUUUAUAGUUCCUACAUUUUUAUUCAAAAGUUUGACAAACAUAAAUUUGAUAUUGUUAUUUUCAAACUAUACUGUUGUUGUAAUUGUUUAUUUCAUGAUACACUUACAUGACUUCUCAGUAAGCUGUUGUUAUCAUAGAUACAUUUGGUGUUGAUUCAGAAUGUGGUGUUGAUACAGCAUGAUUUGGCUGUAUUGGAUUGUAAUGACUUGUUAAUUGCCGAAGGCAUAAGCUUGUUAUAAAGACAUUUUUGUCAUUUUGGGUUGUACAUUCCAAAGACCAAAGUCUGUGUUUGUUCCAUGUUAUUUAAUGAUAAAUAGUAUGUAAGUAUUCUAAAAGUAAAGUACAUUUUGAGGACGUCAUGAAUCAGUCCAGAUGUUAUUUAACACCACCCUCUAGUGGCUCCAUGGUGACACAAUGUCUUUAACAAGUGUAGUAAAGUUUAAAUGUACAAUACUGCUUGAUAUCAUAUACUGUCCAGGUCUAUAUCAAUGGUGUAUUUUGUAAGAAUUUGAUGUUAAAAUGUAACAAUGUGAAAAAAUGACAAAUAAUAAUGCUCCAAAAGAGAGAUUUGCACAA